AUGGCCUCCGCGUACCUUAGAGGCUUCAACAAGGCCGAACUCCAAGAGCUGGGCAACGAAGUCAGCCUACCCGAGGCCACCAAAUUGAAGGUUGUCGAGCUGCGCGAAAGCCUGGAAAACUACCUCAAAACCAACCAGACCACCCUCGCGACGCGCCCCGGCAACAGCACCAACCUCGCUGGCUAUUUUGAAAAGCUUGGGAGCUCAGCGCGAUCGCCUGCAAAGCGUCAGAGCGCAGCCGAGAAGGUCCAAGACGCUGUCACCAGCGGUGAUGAGGCACCCAAGAAGGGCAGAAGAAAGACGGUAGCGCCCGUCGAACAGUCAGUGGAGCGCAUUCGCGACAGCGCAUUCCUCUCUAACACCAGCAACAGGAGCACCUCGUCCGUGACGGACCUAGUCAAGACUCCGGCCAAGGAGCUCUCUGACGCUGUUGCGCCACGCCGCUCAUCCAUCCUCGCCUCCCCUGGCAACCUCGACACAUCGCCACGCGCCAUUGUUGACUACGUCGAUCGCAACUCGCGUAAGGUCUCUGGCUACAUCUCGAACGGCAUCUCGCGCUCUCACGUUCCCGAAUACAGCGAAUAUGCACGCGACCUUCUCUCUUCGCCGCUCGCGGUCAACGGUCUCGCCCUCACUGUCGAAAGCUACGCCUUGUUUUGGUCGCUGGUCGAGUUACGACACGCGUUUGGCAUUCCCGUCCCCUACUUUGGCAAGAUCAUCCCCGUCAAGGCACCCGAUGUCUUUGCGUUCAUCACUCCCGAGUUCUGGGCGCCUUUCAGCUUGUUCUUCCUGACCACCGUGCUCCUCCCGACCGUCAUCAGCUAUUUCAUCAACUAUCCCUUGAAGUCGGCCACGAGCCAUAGCCACAGCACGCGUCGCGCGACUGCUCAGCAGGAGGCUGCUCCUGCGAUCGAUCCCCUCGUGUUCAACAUCGCCAAGGGCUUGAUCUCGUAUCUUGUCUACGCCGCCUCGGCACAGACUGGCCUUUGGCCCUAUAGCCGGAACACCAUUCAGAACGUCAAUGCUGGCCUGUACUUUGGCUAUGGAGGUCUGAUCACGAGCUCCGUCAUCGGUGGGACGGUCGCGCUGUACGAGGCAGUCCUAAGAAAGUAA